ACUGGAGUAAUCACAUAAACGUCAAAUGUCACUCAAUAACUUCAUAACUUUUUAGAGUAAAAACAUAAAACAUAACCUAAAUGAUUUGACGAUGGCUAUGUUUAGGACUUUAGGAAGAAAUAUUCCUUACUUAAAACAACAAUUUAGUGCACUUUUAGGCAAUACCAGCACUUCUGUGAAAUUUAUAUGCGGGGUUGUACUGUUUAGUUAUGGUUUAUCGUUUUCGGAGGAAGCUAUCAGAGUCAUAUCUGUUACCCCUGGGUAUUUAAUGCCACCAUCAUUUUGGCUAUGGACAGCGUUCACGUUUUGUUUUAUGGAAAUACACUUUUGGGAAGUGCUUGUGGACAUUGUAACAGUGGGUCUAUGUGGGAAAUUGAUUGAACCUUUAUGGGGACAAAUGGAGAUUAUGACUUUCUUCGCUAUUGUAAACUUCGGAGUUGCUGUAAUUACAACAGCAUUCUACUUUAUUCUAUAUUGCUGCACUUUUAAUACUGAAUUCUUAUUUAGUGUACAUAUACAUGGAUUGGCGGGAUAUAUUGCUGGAGUUUGUGUUACCGUUAAACAAAUUAUGCCUGACUUAGUUAUUAUAAAAACUCCUUUAGGGAAACUUAGCAAUAGAAAUAUACCUUUAACAGUAUUUUUUCUAUCGAUUGUUGUGAAGUUAAUAGGAGUUGUUGAUGGUACAUAUCCGACAAUGUUCUUUAGUGGAAUGAUCGUUAGUUGGGUAUAUUUACGAUUUUACCAAAAACAUUCGAAUGGUACUAGAGGAGAUAUGGCAGAUUAUUUCACUUUUGCAAGCUUCUUUCCAAAUGUAAUUCAACCACCAAUUGCUGUUUUAAGUAACGUAAUUCAUACUGGGUUGGUUAAAAUUGGAAUAUGCAGAAAGGUCAUUAGAAAAUUCGAUAUGUCUAAUCCAACAGGUGUUACAGUAACAGUCCCACUAGCAGAUCAACAUGAUAUGGAAAGAAGAAGACAAAUAGCUUUGAAAGCCUUGAGCGAAAGGUUAUCAAAGUCUUACAGUGACAAACAGCCCUUAAUACCACCAAAACAGAGUCCAAAAACAAUCCUACCACUUCAUACACCCUCAACAUCGAAACAAGGGCAACAAAGUAUGAAUGUUACACCCCAAGCACAAUCAAGUACAAGUCCUUCCACUAACAAUUCCCAAAUAUCCGAUCAGUAACAUGUAAGUUUUAAUUUAGCUAACUUAUGUAUACAGUUGUUACAUUAUUUUGUAAUAUAUGUGAAGUCUUAUAAAUAAAUAAAAUAUUUAUUGUUUCUAAAUUAUCAAUUUAUUUUUCAGUAUCUUCUGAAGAGGAAUUUAUUAGGUUUAUUAAUAAAAAUUUACAGAUUUCACUGGAAGAUGAAAAAAAGUAAACAAAUUGCCGUUUGGGCAAAAAAAGCUCAAUCAACUGAAAUAUUUAUAACAUUGAGUAUCAAUUAAAAAAAAUUGCCAAAAUAUUGUGGAAAAUAGUAAAAAAAGAAAAGUAAAUAUGUACCAACAGUUUGGUUACUAACCAGUAGAUAUAAAAUGGGAACAUAAUUUUAAGCUUAAGUCCCUAUUAAAGCUUUGUAAUCAACUCCAAAAUUGUUUGAAAAUGGUAAACUAACCUCCUAAAUGAGUACUUGGACUUGGUUGGGGGCCUCUACUUGGUCUCGCUCAUGUAGUCAUGAGGGGAACCAGUGCAAAGGACAGCUCAUUUUUAUUUGCUUUAAUCAAAAGUGGCCAAAUUGCACCUGGGCCCUAAUUAGGUGUGGCAAACAAUGCCUGUGGGAAACCUGACAAAAUUCCAAAGGCCCUAUAAGAGCAGGGAUGAUUACAAAUCCUUCUCUUCUUCACAAGGGCAUUGAGCUAACAGGGACCCACUACCCCCAAAGCAUUGGCUUCUACUCUGACUGAUACUUUUGACUUAAACGCAGGAACAUCAGUGAUGCAGAGAAAAAAAGGGGGAAGGAAGACCAAUGCUGCUGUGACAGUCCAGGAUGCUAAGGGCCUCGACUCCAAACCAUCCUUCCCCCAGAGCUUCCAACUCGGAGGUCCUGGUUCUACACUCAUCAUACAAACUGAAUCUAUAAAAUCGUAGGGACAAAUGGAAUCUGUAGCUGAAUCAAAAAGUUUCACGUAAAAACAGCUAUUGGAAUUAAUUGAGGUGGUGACUUAGACCAUCAUGGGGUCUCCAUUUUGCAGUGCAGUCUCUCCAUCUUUUGCUGGAUAGAAAUCAUUACUAAUUUGUUAAAAGGUUUAAGCUAAAGGACAUCAAUCUUUGCUAGUGUCAAGUAAGGCCUAUGUGAUUAAUGGCCCUUUGACAUCCACUAUUCUAUUAUGUACUAGGCAGGGGUAAUAAUAACACAAUAGAGUAAGAAAUGAAAAAGCUUAUAAAUUAGAAAAAAAGGAACCAAAAUAUACUGUUCGAGGGCCAAAUAGUGUUAAGGAAUCAAUUCCGAUGUAGUAUUUAAAAAAAUGGUUAGAUUACUAUUGGGACAACACAGUAGGAUGGGCUAAAACUAAGAAAAACACUUUUGGGAAACUAGAAGAGAUAGGAUCCUGUGGAGUUCGAUGUAAUCGUAGAUGAAGGUAUUAGGUCAAGUAUGGUACCCACCUCAAUAUUUACAACAUAAUAAAUCACAUUUUUAUAGUUUUAAAAGGAACUGCUCUAAAAUCGUGAUUUAGGACUGUAGGUUCUUCCAUAUUCAUUAUUAGAGUUUUUUCUUUCCCCAUCAUUUAUUGUCUCUUCGUCUUCUCUUUGUUGCAAAUAUUUUUAUUUCAUAGAUACUUACAGUGAACAUAAUGGAUUGAGAAAUAGAUCAUAAAACUAGUAACAUAAAUAUUUUAUUGUAAAUUGCACAUAUUAAAUAAUAUACGUCGUAUAUAAAAGUUACAAAAUCAGUUCAAUGAGCAUAUUAAGACAACAAAAAAAGUUAUUAUUUAGUAAUUACUAUAUAUAAAAAAAAUUACACUAUUUUGGCAGUGGAUAAAUAUCAAAUAAUUCGAAAAAUAAACCAAAAACCACUGUAGCUAACUACAUAGUUUAGUUGAUUUCUGUCAGAAAUCGUCAGUCUUGUCGUCAAUUUUCAAUUUAGUUGAAAAACUAAUAGUCUUAUGUAGACAUAAAUAAUUUUUUUCUCAAAGCACAAAGUACUUUCAUUCAUAUGAAAUUGUUUUAUAUUAACUUCAUAGCAAGAUCAACUUGUCUUUUUCUACAAAAAAAAAACAAAUUUUUAUAACAAAAACUCGAAAUAAUAAAAUUUCUAACCAGAAAAGAAUGUAACAUGCUGUAAAAUGGAACCUUUGUAUCAUGUAAUAUAUACUUCGAAAAGUAUUGAACGAAAGUAUUACUCGAUUUGUUAUAAAAAGUUAAUUUUUUCAACAAUUACUCAAGUCUUCAGUUUUACAUGUCGUUUAAACCUCUAUCUCGAAAAUUUGAGAAAUUUUACUUUUGUUUAGUAUAAAUAUUUCUAGUAUUAAAAUAUAAAUUCUUAUCUGGCCACUCUGUAUAUUUGUUAAUAUAUUGAUACUAGGUAACAAAAAAUGUCACUUCUAGAGAAGAUUAAAAACACAAAAAACUAUAUGAAA